CAAUGAAAUGAUAGCAUGAAACAACCACAGCCACAAGCCUCAAAGAUCUUGCUCUCACAUUUUUUAUGGAUUAUGGACCGUGGACUUGGUAUUACUUUUAUACCCACCAAAACCAGACCUUUCAUUUCUACAUUCCUCUGUUUUGAAGAAGCCAUAAUCAAUCAGGAUUCAAUUAUGGCCACUGCUUCUCCAAUGGCUAGCCAGCUCAAGUCUACCUUCACUUCACCAAUCACAAGAACUCUGGUCUCUCCCAAAGGUCUCUCAGGAUCUGCUCUUAGGGUUCUGCCUUCAACUUCAAGGAGAUUUUCUUCCUUCACCAUCAAAGCCAUUCAAUCUGAAAAGCCCACUUAUCAAGUGAUACAGCCCAUCAACGGAGACCCAUUCAUUGGCAGCCUUGAAACACCAAUAACCUCAAGCCCAUUGAUAGCCUGGUACCUCUCUAACCUUCCGGCCUACAGGACUGCAGUCAGCCCACUCCUAAGAGGCAUUGAAGUGGGCCUGGCCCAUGGGUACCUCCUCGUUGGCCCAUUCGUCAUAACCGGCCCCUUGAGGAACACCCCAUAUGCAGGAGGAGCAGGUUCCCUUGCAGCUGCAGGACUUGUUGUGAUACUCAGCAUCUGCUUGACGAUGUAUGGAGUUGCGUCCUUCAAUGAAGGAGAGCCGUCCACUGCUCCAUCACUGACCUUGACAGGGAGGAAGAAGGAGCCUGAUCAGCUCCAAACUGCUGAUGGGUGGGCCAAGUUCAGUGGUGGGUUCUUCUUCGGAGGGAUCUCUGGUGUCAUUUGGGCUUACUUCCUCCUUUAUGUCCUUGACCUCCCUUACUACGUCAAGUGAAACUCUUGUAUUCUUCAUUUGGGUUUCAGUUUGUGUUUCUAGUGUGUACUUUUUUUCCUUUGUGAAAGUAAAUUGAUAUAUCUAUAUAUGAAACAUGGCCAGUCUCAU